AUGUGUAAAGUCACCAGUGCCGAUUUACCGAGUUCAGGAAGUUCCGACUUAAGACAAAGCUCAAAAUCCAAGCUGAAGACCUACUGGGCCGAGAGCAGCAAGGCCGUCUCCAUCAGUCGCCUGCUGUCGCAGACCAUCUACGGCAAGGAGAACUUCACCUCUCUGGACCUGGGCUACGACGAGGCGGACCCCUACUCCAAGCAGGAGCCGUGGAACUGGCUGUACAACACCUCGGCGCCCCGCGAGCCUCGGUCCCGUGCCAAACGGCGGCCCAUCGUCAAAACCGGCAAGUUCAAGAAGAUGUUCGGCUGGGGCGACUUCCACUCCAACAUCAAGACGGUGAAGCUCAACCUCCUCAUCACCGGCAAGAUCGUGGACCAUGGCAACGGCACCUUCAGCGUCUACUUCCGCCACAACUCCACGGGCCAGGGCAACGUCUCGGUGGGGCUGGUCCCUCCCACCAAGGCCGUGGAGUUCCAGGUCCACCAGCAGUUCCACCACCACCAGAACCACCCCCACCAGCAGCAGCAGCAGACGGCCCUGGAGACCAAGGACACCAAGCUGUUCAACUGCCGGGUGGAGUACGAGAAGGUGGAGAAGGGCACCAGGAACUCCUUGUGCGCCCACGACCCCUCGCAGAGCUGCCCCCAGGAGCAGACCCAGAGCCACGUGUCCUGGCUGUGCUCCAAGCCCUUCAAAGUCAUCUGCAUCUUCAUCACCUUCUACAGCACCGACUACAAGCUGGUGCAGAAGGUGUGCCCGGACUACAACUACCACAGCGACACGCCCUACCUUCCCACCGGGUGA